AAGGGAUGAGCAAAGCAAAGAGGAAAUAAAAUUUUUAAAAAACUAUAGAAGAAUCUACAAGAAGUGGAAGUGAAUUCGAAAGUCAAAGAACCAGAAGAAGAAAAAGACAGCCCGCGAGCGCCUCCGGAGGCGGGAUGCGCAGAGGCCACGCCCCGUGGGCGGGCCCGCAGGGCGGGACUUCCUGGCCGGGGCUUUUUCGCUCAUCCUCCGGAAGAGCCGCGCCGCGGAUUCCCCCGGUAGCUCAGCGAGGCCGACGCCAUCCAAGCCCAGACUUUUAGAGAUUUGUUACUGCUUUGUCCUGAUACGUGUUAAAUCCAUUCAGAAGAUGGCUGAUCUUUGGCAGGAAUGCAUGGAUUAUGCAGUUACCCUAGCAAGACAAGCUGGAGAGGUGGUUCGUGAAGCUCUAAAAAAUGAAAUGAAUGUUAUGGUCAAAAGUUCUCCAGUUGAUUUGGUAACUGCUACUGAUCAAAAAGUUGAAAACAUGCUUAUCUCUUCCAUAAAGGAAAAGUAUCCAUCUCACAGUUUCAUUGGUGAGGAAUCUGUGGCAGCUGGGGAGAAAAGUGUCUUAACUGACAACCCUACAUGGAUCAUUGACCCUAUUGAUGGAACAACCAACUUUGUACAUAGAUUUCCUUUUGUAGCAGUUUCGAUUGGCUUUGUUGUAAAUAAAAAGAUGGAAUUUGGAGUUGUGUACAGUUGCGUGGAGGAUAAGAUGUAUACUGGCAGGAAAGGAAAGGGUGCCUUUUGUAAUGGUCAAAAGCUACAGGUUUCACAGCAAGAGGAUAUUACCAAAUCACUCUUGGUGACAGAGUUGGGCUGUUCCAGAACACCAGACACAGUACAAAUUAUUCUUUCUAAUAUGGAAAAGCUUCUUUGCAUUCCCAUUCAUGGGAUCCGAGGUGUUGGAACUGCAGCCAUUAAUAUGUGCCUUGUGGCAACUGGAGUUGCAGAUGCCUAUUAUGAAAUGGGAAUUCACUGCUGGGAUAUGGCAGGAGCUGGCAUUAUUGUUACUGAAGCUGGAGGAGUCCUAAUGGAUGUAACAGGUGGACCAUUUGAUUUGAUGUCACGAAGAAUAAUUGCUGCAGGUAGUAAAACAUUAGCAGAAAGGAUUGCCAAAGAAAUUCAGAUAGUACCAUUUCAAAGAGAUGAUGAAGAUUAAGUACAGCCCCCUCCAUAUUCAGUCACAGUUGCAUCUCCUCAUAUUUGCUGAUGCAUGGAUGGUGUUAAAAAUUUAGAGCAUCUGUUUCACAUGUAUAAUAGGGUUAGUUUAAAUUGUCUUUGGUGUCCAGAUUAAAAUAUUGCAACUUGUUCCAUAUUUUACUAAGAGGAGAUAUGCAAGGAUAGAUGAGGUGUUUCAUUGUUUUUAAAAAUGUUGCACGUAAGAAUGUACUUUGGGAAACAUUAGACAGGCAUUUGAUGAAAUAAUGAACCUAAAUGGUCAAUCGCAAUUUAAAGUUUUUGAGUAUGUAUGAGCCUCUGAAAUUUUGACUUAACUUAUUAUGCACAUAAGCAUUCUUAUUAGAAAGUUAACUUUUUGGAAAAAAAUCUCUUUGGUUCCAAAACCCAUGUUUAAUUCAAUUUGUAAGAAUAUAACAAGUACUUCCUAGACCAACGUAUCUUUGCAGAGGACCUUUUUUUAUACAUGUAGCACUUAGCACAGUAUCUGUCAGCUCCAGGCAAUCCACAUAUAAGUACUGAAAGAAAGAAUAUUUUAAGGUAGCAAUUCCUAGUUAUAACAGAUACUUAAAGUAACGAGCUCACAUGUAUUCUGUAUUAUUACUUAAGGUUUUGAAUGAAAAGUUACCUAGUCUUCCUUUCGUAUUUCACAUGGCCAUUCCUUUUAACAUUUCACUCUGCCAUACCAUUUCAGUUACCAUACCACCAGAUAACAUUCUCAAUUGUGGACAUUUCUACAGUUAAUGUAUUUUCCAAAAAUUGUGUUUGGAUUCCUUUAAAGUCCCUAUGUGAAAGAAAAGAAACUGUUACCAAAAAAGCACUCUAAUCAAGUACUGAUAUAAUUAGGGACAGUAUAACAUUUUACUAAAUUCAAUAUUCAUGUGUUAAAGAUGUCCAGAUUGAUCUGGUUGUGCACAGGAAACCUAGAACCUGGCAAUACUGUACUAUUAACACUGCACUGUUAGUUUCUUUCCAAAUUCCUCAUUUAACUUUGUUGCCACUGGAUUCUUUUCAGCCUUUAAAUAUUCCCUACUAGUCUUUGGCUUAUCGAAUUGCUUAGUCUUAGGCAUGUGAACAGACUGUUAAGUUUUAGUUUAGCUAUGCUCAUGAGAGCCUGUAUUUGAUAAAAUGAAAACUGCAUCUGUGAAGUUUUCAAGAAGGGUUAUUUUAUUGUUGUGCACAUUUGAUUCAUUAAAUAUAAGUGAUACUAAGAUGUAUUAUAAUUCCUAUAUUUGUACUGUUGAUUACAUGCAGUAAAAACAUCUCAUAUUGUAUUAUUCUAAAACAGGUUGAUUUGAGAUUUAAUUUAUUUUGAUUAAGACUAUCAUUAAUAAAAUUUUAAAUAAAAAUAUA